AUGAUUGCUGCAGCAUCAGGUCCAAAAUUGACUCAUGCUGUAUUACAUCAUCAGGCUUCUCAAGAUCUUCUCGUUGCAGCAAAAAAGAUCAUUGGCGAGACAAUUGACAAUGUCUCUGCAGACUUGCGAAAAAUCAGUGUCGAUCUGCAUGAAAAUCCAGAGAUUGGUAUGCAAGAAUACCAUGCCCAUCAGCUGUUGACCGAUUAUCUGGAGGGUCAAGGAUUCAAAGUGACACGUAGUGCCGCUGGUUUGGAAACGGCAUUCAUUGCCGAGUAUAGUCGUGGUGAAGGUCGUCGAAUUGGCUUUUGCUCUGAAUAUGACGCCUUGCCCGAAAUUGGUCAUGCGUGUGGUCACAACAAUAUUGCUACUGCAGGCCUUGCAUGUGCCAUUGCGGUCAAGAAGCUUUUAGAGGAAGGACAUACUACUGGCAAGGUUGUAUUGUUUGGCACACCAUCAGAAGAACCUUUGGAUGGCAAGAUCCAUAUGGUCAAUAAGCGUGUUUUCCAAGACAACGUCGAUGCAUGCAUGAUGCUUCAUCCUGGCAACCGAAACGGCAAUUACUAUUCUGGGUUAGCACAACAUGAUUUCAUUGUUGAAUACCACGGAAAGCCUGCCCAUGCUGGUGGUGCUCCAUGGAAUGGUGUCAAUGCAUUGGACGCCAUUUGCCAAGCAUGGGUCAAUGUCGGCUUGUUACGUCAACAGCUUCAAGAGUCGGAUCGUGUCCAUGGUAUUAUUACCAAUGGUGGUCAAGCGGCCAAUGUGGUUCCUGAUUACACGUCGGGUAAAUUCUACGUCCGUGCUCCUAGUGCUGCUCGUAUUGAGGAGCUCAAAGUGAAGGUGGAGAACUGCUUUAAAGCCGCUGCAUUAUCAAGUGGAUGUGAGAUGAAGCUCACAUGGCGUAAAACGGGAAUGUGUAAAGAAAUCACACAAAAUGAACUCCUGGCAGGUGCAUAUGGUGAAUACUUCCAAGAGCUGGGUGGUGGUGAAAUGCCACCACGCUUCAUUCAAGAAAGCAAAGUGAUGGGUGGUUCCACUGAUUUCGGUAACGUGAGUGCUUGUGUGCCAGGCAUUCAUCCAGGCUAUUCUAUCCAUUGCGAGUCCUUCCCUCAUACGCGUGAAUUUGCUAAACAAGCAGGCACACAGGUGGCUCAUGAUGCUACGAUGCUUGCUGCAAAGGCCUUGGCUACAGUGGGUGCUCGUGUACUUAUAGAAAAAGAUUUCUAUGAAUCAGUUUACAAAUCCUGGGAAGCUGCUGUUCCUCCUCAAUUCCGUUAG